ACCAAAACACCUCACAUUUCUCUCUAGCUGACCUGGCGCUGAACCCUGAGCGGAUAGACGGGCAAAAGCACUCAUAUCAAAUGUGGAGUGUGGGCCAGAGACAAUAUCAGAGUACAAGACACAAAAGAAGACACACUAGAAAAGUGAAACCCCUCUGUGGACCCAAGCAGGCUGAAAUGAUGCUGGUAAUGAUACUCAUGAUGCUGCUGGUUGCUACGAUAAAGACGGCAGCAGCCUCGGCGCGCGGCUCUGAAAUGGACAUCAGACAUGGAUUUCAGCCCAGUUUGGCCAAACAAACCAUGUGCCCAUCCUACCUGCUGACAUUUGGAGUCACAGCGCUUCCUUCCAACAUCUCCAGCACCCAGUGCCUGGAAGUUAAGCAGACGCAGAUUACGGAGAUCCAGCAGGGCGCCCUCUCCAGCCUGCAGCACCUAAGGGAACUCACCAUAUCAGAGAACGACAUGCUGGAGAGUAUCGGUGCGUUUGCCUUUGCUGGCCUCCCGCGCCUCACCAAAAUAUUAAUAUCUAAAAAUGUUGCUUUGAAGAGUAUAGGGGCUUUUGCUUUCUCUGACCUACCUAAACUCAGCGAGAUAAUCAUAACAAAGUCAAAACACCUGAGCUUCAUCCACCCAGAUGCAUUCAGGAACAUCGUGAAACUACAGUAUUUGACCAUCUCCAACACCGGGCUGAGGAUUUUUCCAGACUUCUCCAAGAUCCAUUCCACUGCCUACUUUCUGCUGGACCUGCAGGACAACAGCCACAUAAAGAAAGUCCCUGCCAAUGCCUUCAGAGGCCUCUGCACUCAAACUAUCGAAGAGAUACGGCUCACCAGAAAUGGCAUCAAGGAGGUGGCAAGUGACGCCUUCAACGGAACAAAGAUGCACAGAUUGUUCCUAAGAGGCAACCGACAGCUUACUCACAUCAAUCCCAGUGCCUUUGUGGGUUCCAGUGAGUUGGUGGUACUAGACAUCUCAGACACACCCCUCAGCUCUUUGCCAGACUCGGUCCUUGGCGGACUCAAGACGCUAAUAGCACAGUCAGCCUUCAACCUGAAAGAACUUCCUCCUCUUCAGCUGUUUACCAAACUGCAACAGGCAAAGCUGACAUACCCAUCACACUGCUGCGCCUUCCUAAACAUGCACAGAAACAGAUCAAGAUGGCACUCACUGUGCGACGAGCCCGAGGCUAAGAAUAACCUGCCCUUCUUUAGGGAAUACUGCUCCAACUCCACCUCCGUCACCUGCAGCCCGGCACCUGACGACUUCAACCCCUGUGAAGAUAUCAUGUCCGCUGCCCCCUUACGCAUCCUCAUCUGGAUCAUCUCUGUCCUCGCCCUGCUGGGCAACGCAGUGGUUCUCCUUGUAUUGUUAGGCAGCGGCUAUAAGCUGACUGUUCCUCGUUUCCUCAUGUGCCACUUGGCCUUUGCUGACCUGUGCAUGGGCAUCUACCUGGUAGUGAUUGCAACUGUGGAUAUGCUCACACGUGGCCGGUACUACAACUAUGCCAUAGACUGGCAGAUGGGCUUGGGCUGCAAUGCUGCAGGCUUCUUCACAGUGUUCGCCAGCGAGCUGUCAGUGUUUACAUUAACAGCAAUCACUGUGGAACGCUGGCACACCAUCACGCACGCUCUGCGACUUGACCGCAAACUUCGUCUGAGACAUGCCUGCAUCAUCAUGACAGCAGGCUGGAUCUUCUCUUUGCUUGCUGCACUGCUGCCCACAGUUGGGAUCAGCAGCUAUGGCAAAGUGAGUAUCUGCCUGCCCAUGGAUGUGGAGUCCCUGAUUUCCCAGUUCUAUGUGGUUUCUCUUCUCCUCCUCAACAUCCUGGCCUUCUUUUUCGUGUGCGGCUGUUACCUCAGCAUCUACCUCACCUUUCGCAAACCUUCAUCAGCACCAGCCCACGCCGACACCCGUGUGGCUCAGCGCAUGGCCAUCCUCAUCUUCACAGACUUCAUCUGCAUGGCUCCGAUCUCCUUCUUUGCCAUUUCAGCUGCCCUCAAGCUCCCUCUUAUCACCGUCUCAGACUCCAAACUGCUGUUGGUGCUGUUCUACCCCAUCAACUCAUGCUCCAACCCCUUUCUGUAUGCCUUCUUCACCCGUAACUUCAGAAGGGACUUCUUUUUCCUCGCAGCUCGCUUCGGCCUGUUUAAAACUCGGGCACAGAUUUACCGAACAGAGAGUUCCUCAUGUCAGCAGCCAGCAUGGACCUCUCCAAAGAGUAGCCGUGUUAUCUUGUACUCCUUGGCCAAUACACUAAGUUUAGAUGGAAAACAGGAGUGCUGACUUUUACCCACAAAUACAAGCACAGAAUCUUUGCUAGAUUUCUCAAAGCUCACUUGUUGCAUAUUGUAUGGGUGUACACAUAGGCUGCUAAUUCCUUAAAAUAAUGCAACAGAUCAUCAUUCUUAUUAUUUGGAGGGCAUCAAAUUUUGUAUAAUUUGGAUGUAUUACAAAAAGUUUUUUGACUCUACCCAAAAAAAAAAACCUUACAUGAUUUAAAUUUGGCCACUGUCCUCUUCAAAGUCAUUGCCUUUUGCACCUCUGGAAGUUGCUCAAGCUGCAUCACUACCUAGAUGUCCUGAGUCAGCAACUUGAAGCUCAAUCUGUCUAUUUAGACUGGAAAUAUCUACAGGGACUCUGUGAAAAAAAAAAAAAAAAGGUAACCUUUAGACUUGAGUUUUAUUUUGGAAAAGAGGUGAAUGAGGCAGGUUGUAUGAGAGUUUCUUGACCACAGAAACACUGCCGCUGUCUGAGAUGGCAAUUUUUUUGUGAUCAAGAAACUCCUGCAUUUCCAGUGUUCCCCAGGACUUUGUAGUAAAACAUAUUUUUGACAAGCUGACAUGGGGGAUGAUUCAAAACACAGUGAAUGUCAAAUUAACAAUGAGCGCGCUCCUGUUUGUGCUCCUCUGUGCAUUUUCGGUUAGAGUCUCCCACUAAAGACUGCUGUUCGGUCCAUAAAUAGCAUCCAGAAGCCCUGCUCUCAUCAGAAGGGAUGAUCCUCUGUAUAAAUAUGUGGGUCAGUUUGACACAAAAGUUGAUGUUUGUCUCUGUGCAAGUUUGAGAUCUGUAUUAGGCAACGUGCAAGUGGUCAGGAUAGGACUUCCAGACCAUGAGCCCAGACAUGCUUGAAGUCACAAAACUUUUUAUAGCACAAUUUAUCUCCCACAUGUUCCCAAAAUCUGACCAAAAAGACCCAAAAGAAAAUGCAGGUGUCUGCUCUGGUGGGUUCAGAAUUUGGUGUAAAAAGCAUGAAAGCAUGGAUCCUGCCUUGUAUCAAAAGUUCAGACUGUUAGUGGUGUAAUGGUGUGGCAGAUUCCUUGGCACCCUUUGGGCCCCUUAGUACUAACUGAGCAUUGUUUGAAUGCCGCAGCCUACCUGAGGAUUACUGUUGACCAUGUCCAUACCUUUAUGACCACAGUGUACCCAUCAUUUCAAACUGGUUUCUUGAACAUGAAAAUGAGUUCACUGUACUCAGGGUCAACCCAGCAAAGUAUACCUAAUAAAGUGGCCGUUGAGUGUAGUUUGGCUAAAUCUGAGUCUGAGCUGUUCUAGAUACCCACAGGUUUGUUUUAACUCAGGUGAAGUGCAGGAGUGGCGUUCUCAGCAACACAAUUUAGAAGUAAGAAAACAAAAGAAUGGAAGGGGCUGUAAACUGAUAACUUCAUCUACUAUGUAACAAACACCAUCCAUCUGGCAUCCAAAGAUAAUGUCACACACUAAAAUGCUUCAAAAUGAUUUUAAACAGGUUUGAUGCUUCGAAUUUCAGCAUACGCACAGUGAAAAAGAAAAAUAUUAAUUUAACAUUCAGUGCUUUGAUUGAAUGACAUUCAUUAAGAAGAACACUGCAGGGACCUGCUGAUUAACAAUCUCCUCCAUACACCCAGUCUGCUGAAGCUCUCAGUGUCUACAAUUUGCCAACAACUCUGUCUAUUUUUUUGAGCCACAGACCUAUAAUUAUUUUUGAAAUUAUGUUUAUGUUUUCAAACUUACCAUUAAGUGUCAUUUUGGAUUCUGCUUUUGUACAAAAUAUCUUGAUGUGCUGUUUAUAUCAUUUUUAUAAAGUGUAUUAUUAUAUCCUUUCUGCUUUAAUAGAUUUUGCAUGAUGAAUGCGAGUGUUUGAAGAGGCUUGACCGACAGAAAAAAUCUCUCUCUGUCUCUCUCUCUCUCUCUCUCUCUCUCUCUCUCUCUCACACACACACACACACACACACACACACACACACACACACACACACACGCACAAUAAUUGAGCUGUCUUUAUCUAGCAAGACUGUCCUUCAGAGCAUCCAAAGCUUUCAAGGACAAAGUGACCCUCCCAACCUCUGCUCUGUGUAGCGAGGUGGAUGGGUGGGCAUAGCAGGAGAGGUACACAGCUGCUCUUUCUACUUAAUACGGGGGAGGCGGGAUAUAGCAGCUAGACAAGGUGCGCGGGCACACACACACACACACACACACACACACACACACACACACACACACACACACACACACACACACACACACACACACACACAGAGCAACCCAGACUCUCAAGGCUGCAGCUGCAAGAAGAAAUCCAAGUCCAUCUCAUUGAUAUGGAUACACUGCCUCCUACAUGUCAGCAUUCAAUGUGAGGGUGUGAUUAUAAAUUGUAACCACCAGGUGAUGCUACUGGGGCUAGAUUUUUGGUGAUUAUGCAUGUAACAGUGUGCACAAAAGUACAUAUGAAAUCACCACUCUCCACAGAUCCUACAGUUUUUGCUGAAUGUUGAUUUGUAACUAAACAAUAAAUAUG